AUGCAUUUCUCCAACGCUGCCGCCUUGCUAGCCUUCUCCUCCAUCAGCGCCAUAUAUGCCGCUCCUCUCGCCAACCCGCAAGACGAACUCAACCGCCGUCAGAUAAACUACCAUGUAGUAAAUGUGGAUGGUGACUCAGACAGCUCUGCCGUCCCUGAGAUCGAGACUGUGACCAAGACCGCCGAGUCUACUGUGACCGCCGCUGGCGCUCCUGUUGUGCUUCAGACCGUCACAGUGACUGCCACUCCGUCUCUCGUGCCAUACUCACCUGGGCCCCCCAGCUCGACUCCUAUCUCUCAUCAGGCCCCUCCUCCUGGGGAAUCUUUCAUUCCUGCCCAGAGCAAUGGCUUCUUCCGCCGUGGCCUCAAUGCCGCUGGUAACCCGGUUCAAUUCGUACAGAACUACAUCCCGUCUCCCAGUGUUUCCUUCACUCCAUCAGCCACACCAUAUGCAUCUCCUCUAGUUGCUCGCCAAUAUGGUGACUGGGCUUCCAGUGCCUCGGUGCCCCUCUCGCCUAGCUUUAUGGCUACUCCGUCUGCGUCUAUGGCUGCUCGGCAGUUUGGCGGCUGGAACCCUAGCUCUAUCCCGACCCCCUCUGCUACUCCCAGUGUGAGCCCCUCUGGAUAUGUCUAUGCUCGGGGCUACGGUGUUGCGCCUUGGGGUACUCCCUCUGCGUCUCCGUCUGUUUCUCCCUCCGUCUCUCUGGUGGCUCGUCAGUUUGGUGCUCGGAGCCCUAUCUCUGUCGCUACCCCCUCUGGCAGUCCUUCCGGCCUGAGCACUCCUGUCGCACCCACAUCUUUCCCCGUCAAGCGCGACUUUGACAACCACGUUUCUCCCUCUGGCGCUCCCACUCCUACACCUAGCGCCAGCUUCUCCAUUCCUCGUUCGUCCGCUCUGCUUUACUAA